CUGGGGAUCUCGGACUUCGAGACCGUGAAGCCCAUCUCCAAGGGAGCAUUUGGGGUCGUCUACCUUUGCCGGCACAAGCUGGACGGUCAGCUAUACGCGGUGAAGGUGCUGAAGAAAGCGGAUGUGAGGAGGAAGAACCAGUUCAAGUACGUCAAAGCUGAGAAGACGAUCAUGGCGGCCGUCGACUGCCCGUUCGUAGUCAAACUGAUCUGCUCGUUCCAGACGCGGGAGAAUCUUUACCUGGUGAUGGAGUACGUGCAAGGGGGGGACUGCUACACCCUCCUUCAGGGCAUAGGGAGCCUGAGCGAGGAGUGGGCAAGGCAGUACAUGGCCGAGAUGGUGCUGGCGCUGGAGUACCUUCACAACAAGCGCAUCAUCCACAGAGACCUGAAGCCGGACAACAUCCUCAUCAACUCCGACGGCCACCUCAAGCUCACUGACUUCGGCCUCUCGGACAUGGGCCUCAUGGACAAGAGCGAGCUCUCGGUCCUCGCCACCCCCACCACCCCGGCCGGCAUGACCCCAGCACGCCUGCGGUCGCCGAGGCACCGGUCCCCUGAUAUCGUCGGAACCCCCGAGUACCUCUCUCCUGAGAUCCUCCUGGGGCAAGAGCACAGCUUCGGGGUUGACUGGUGGGCCCUCGGGAUCAUCCUCUUUGAGUUUCUUACCGGACUACCUCCUUUCACUGGCGACACACCAGAA